AGAAGGAUCGCAGACGCGCCCGCCGCGGAGCGCCCGGUGCCAUGCCGGGCGUCCUUGUCGUCAUGCCAGGCGUCGUGCCCAGCGGCGCUCUGCCUCGCCUCGUCGCGGCGCAGGGCCGGCCUUCGCCCAGCUCGUUGGGGGCAGCCCCCGGUGCAGCCGGCGCCGCCGACCUGGUCGGUCCAGGGAGGGGGAUUCGCCCAGGUGCCAGCAACGGCUUCCAGGGCACGAGAGAGUCUGAUGCCUUUCCUCGUCCCGCUGGCUUCGGAAAUAAGGCCGCUCCAGGGCUCCCUGCAGACGUCCUCCUGGCGCGGACGCACAUGGGCGGCUUCCCGGCAGUUUCGGCGGCCUCUUCAGCGCGUUCCUCGUGGUGGAACGAGAAGGCUGAGCCAGGUGCCCACGGCGGCUGCGGUGGCGUGAGCAGCGCGGUGUCUGCGCCACUGGGGGGAGGCCGCAAGGCCUUCUACGCCACGGCUCCGGCUCCGAGACUGGGCGCCACGGACGUCGAGCAGAUUACUGGCGUGCGGCUGAGCGACACCCAGCUGCAGGCGCUCCGCCUGCGCUUCCAGGGCGAUGGUCGAGACAGGGCUGACCAGCUGAGGAGUGAGGUCUUCGGGUCGAUGGUGCUGCGCCCUGGCCAGUGGCCAAAGGUCACGGGCGGCGACGGCUCACGGGCAAGUAGCAGAACGGGGCAGCGCACGGGCCAAUCGAUGGCCCCAUCUUCGCUGCCUCCUGCCGCGGCGAAACUGAGAUCCGUGUCCAGGAGGUGAGCGCGUGUGUGCCUACGCCUGGAUGAGGUCAGCUGCCGCCGCGCAGGGCUUCGCACUCUCGCAGAAGAUCGCCUGCAAAGUGGAUCUCGCGGGUGCCGUUUGAGCGUAUCGGCCCGUAGUAGUCUUAGAGUGUUCAUUCGGCGCGAGGCUGAGCUGGGAGGGGCAGGGGUAGACGUGCAGUGGUGGGGUGGAUGGUUUCACUUCUCCAAAGAGUUUCGAGCCCGACCUAUGCGCAGUGGUUUGCGGCUUCUCGAGCCCCCUCGCCGCCGACCUCGUCGUUGCCGCCAGGGUCCCUCUUCACCUCUUCCUCUGUCGGUUCCUUCUUCUCAUUGUGCCUCUGCCGCUGCUCCCCCUUCUCCUUCUUCAUGAGUAGGGCUGAGGGUCAGAGAGCGCCUUCCUCUGCAGGACCACCAGAAAAGGGACGUCAAUGAUCGUUCGUUCGAACACAGG